AUGAUCUAGGACAAAUAUUGUUGAUUUAUCUAUUCAGGGAUUUGGGAAGUAAAAACUUAGAUACCAUACUUAAACAUCACUUUUAAGAGUUUGGUUGCAUCAUACAACCGGAAAACUGAAAAACUUUCAAAAUAUUAUCGAAUACUUGAAUACUUUAAUAAGUGAAAUUAUAAAGGUAUUUAUAAUAAUCUUUAAGUAACAUUUCCUAGUUAAAAUAAGAAAUGAUAAGUUAGUAGAAUUAGGAAUAUUAAACUAAUAAGAACAAAAGACUAUACUAAUAAUAUUAGGAGUAUUAAUCCUAAUACAGAUAGGGAAAUACUAAUAAAAAUAAAAAUCCUAAGUUACUAAUAGUAUAGUAAUACUCAUCAAUCAUAUGGAUUCCUAAAUAGUAUAGUAGUUUUACAUUUAAAAGAAUUAUAGAUUCUUAUCUAUUUUGGCAUAAUCCAUUAUGCAUCAGUCAACUACUUUUUCUGUUUUGCCAGUUCUUUCUGUUUAUUGAGAAAUUUCUGUUUUUCUGAGAAAAAGUAACAAGGUAACUCUUUAGGAAUCUCUACAACAAUGCUUGUCAAGAGAGUUCUCUGUAGUAGUACUUUGAGGGGCUUUUCAUCAUUGUCAUCGCACACACUUAAAGUUGGCGACACUUUAAAGGACACAAGAACAUUCUCGAGUGAGGAUGUUCUUGAAUAUUCUAAGGUGAGUCAUGAUUGCAAUCCACUUCAUUUUGAUUCUUAUUCUGCUCGAAGUGCUGGAUUCGAGGAUCGACUCGUUCAUGGGAUGCUUGUUGCUUCAUUAUUUCCUCAGAUCAUUUCCUCUCACUUUCCUGGAGCUAUCUAUGUGUCCCAGAGCUUGCAUUUUAGGUUACCUGUUUAUAUUGGAGACAAAAUUGUUGCUGAGAUACAAGCAGUCACUUUAAGAGGAAACAACAACAAGUACAUAGCAAAAUUGUUGACAAAGUGCUUCAAGAAUGGUGAGGUCCUUGUUCUUGAUGGUGAGGCGACAGCAAUCCUUCCAAGUCUAGAAGUAGAAGAAGCCUAUUCUGUUCAAUAAAUUGGCUAACCUAGGAGGUGCAAAUUCAAUAAUUGGGAAACUCUCCUUGAUCUCUUGGUUUCCAAUUGGUGAGUGGGCUACCAAGCAGAGCAAGUGAUAUACCUGUAAAGAUUUGUUCUCCUCGCCGCAUUUGCGCAUUGUGCUCAUACCUGUAAAGAUUUCGCCUCCCUUCCGUAUUUGCAUGUUAUGCUCAAAGCUUUGGACGAGCAAUUGCUUAGUGUCUCUUAUGGCUUUAUCACAAUUUUUUGUACCAUUCCCCUUUUGAAACUCACCCCUGUUUUGUACGGAAAUUUUCCUCGUUUCCAAAAAGUUUGAGGAUAGAAGAGACAAUCAUACUUUGCUGAGCUUAAACCAUUUUGACGUUCUCCCGAUAGUAAGUUCCUAUGGAUUUCAAUGACGCAAGCCAUGGUCUCGAGGCCAGUUGUUCUGCUAGUAAUUUGAAAUUUGUAUAAUACUCGCAUGGUUUUUCAAAAGACGAAACGAAAGAUAUAAUUCAAACUUGAAUGAUUAGAAUGUUA